CAUAGAUCCAUGCUUGGGAAGGGGGGGGUGAUUCACGACGGCAAACACCAAGGGGGGGGAGGGAGGGGGGAGGGACGGUGACGGCGACACUGACGGAGAGGUGAGGGGGCGUGCGUCCUUAUGCUUCGGCGACGAUGGAAUGACUAAUGAAUCAAUGAUGGUGGGCGGAAAAUAAUUGAGUGAAAAGGGGGUGGAGGGGGGGAGGAGAGGUGAUGGGGGGGCUGGCGGGCAGACGUGGCAGCCGCCCGCCACACACGCGUGAUUAGGGGGACUCUGACGGCGCCUGCCAUAGAAGUCGCCCUUUCCCUUUCAUUCACGGAAUCCUGGAGGGUGGGAUGACCGAGUGUUGCCAUCACGCGUUCCCUCCGACAUCUCAAUACAUCCCCUAUGGUCAAGGUCGUCGCGACUGCCGCACGAGAUCCCGUUACCUGUCCAUCCUUUUUACCUGGAGAAAGCGUCUGUGACGGCCAGGGCGGAGCGGCGGCCUCUUCCACUUUCACCGACCACCAGCGGCAUGGCUGACGUAAUACUUAUGUCGGAUGGCGGUCUUAUUACUAUCAUUAUUAUUAUUAUUAUUAUUAUUAUUAUUAUUAUUAUUAUUAUUACUAUUAUUAUUAUUAUUAUAGCCGACACGUGCUCCCUCCGAUAUCUCAGUACAUUCCCCUAUGGUCAAGGUCGUCGCGACUAUCCACGCCGUACCGCCAUAAUCUCCAGUCUGCCGACGUAUAUAUGUCAUGAAAAGGUAAAGUUUAAAGUCAGUCUGUUAGUUGACAGGGUUUAAAAAACAUGUCAUUGAGAGAUAGUGACGAUAUAUACGUAUACCUAUCUUCUCUUGCAGGUGGUAGGUCAUUUCCCAACAACACAACAACAGAAUUUGAAAACAGAAUCUUACCCAUUCAUUUAGACACCGGCAGGGAUUAUGAAGUCGGCCUGUGUAAUAUUUUAUUCCCUAAAUAUUUCUACUGCAUUGCGGAAGGGGAUCCAAAUUCCAGUAUAUCGUUCUAUGGUCGGGUUAAGCAGUCAGACUUUGAUAUGUAUGAAUAUAAUAUGUAUACCUAUCUACCGGAAAGGAAUAUCAUCUCCAAUUUUACCGAUAAGAACAUACCGGCCAUAACUAAGGCAAUUAAUGGACAGAUAGUGAGAGAACUUCAAGCAAUCUUGAAUGACUCCUUUAAGAUCUAUUUCCCUUACUCGGAUAUCAUUUAUUAUGACCGCGACUUGGAGCGGGUCGUUGUGAAUAACGCGAUUGUCCCUCCUAAUGACGAUCGUAUUUACAGUGAUAUAAGUAUAAAAUUUGCAUCGCAUAUAGCUCACAUUCUGGGUUUCAAUCCAAAUUUUCGCUACACCGUCUACUUUCAAAGAUCUGGCGACGGCAUUUCAUCUUCCGACGCCAGCGAAGCUUCCUCCUCAUCACCCAUAAAAUUAUUCGCUCAAUACGUACCGCGAGCUGAUGCAGGGACGGAUUAUAUGUACGUUUAUACCGACAUCAUUUCCCCCUCGCGAUUUGGCAACCAACUAGUUAAUAUAUUAGACGUCAUACCACUCCCCGGCGACAGCACCAGUAAAGGUGCGAAUUCAAUUACGUAUAAACCACUUUCUGCAUCAACUAUAGAGAGUGUGGCCAUCAAAAUUGCUAAUCAAAGAGGCAAACCUAUUCAGUUUGAAGAUGGGGAAAACAGUGUUACUUGCGUGUUACAUAUAAGACCACGUUAACUUUGCGUCUCGGACGUAAAAUUUUGAAGAGAAUCGAUCAAGGUGGGAUAAUGGGUGGAGUGGAGGAUAAUGAAACAGGCAGGUGUUGCCUACUUCCGAGUCAAGGCACGCGCCUCGCGACCAUCUGCGCGGGAAGCUUCAGUGUUUCCCCGCGCGGCAUGGCGGCCGGGACAAAGUGUUGACAAUGUUAUAGAAAAAAAAAGAAAAGAAAAUGGGUGUUCACUGUGGAACAGCAGAGGCGCGGAUUUUAUGUGAAGUGUGUGGGAGAUGGCGCACUAAUCCAUCCUGCCCCUCAUGUGUGGAAGACCAGUGUGAUUUAUGCGAGCGGUGUGGACUUCUGUUUCCACAUCCACCGCCAGAACACACCUGCGAAGUUGGCAAUCCUGCUUCUUCUGGCUCACACUCGAUUGAGGUUGAGCAGAACGCCGGCGUAGAAGGCCCACGUCGGCGGACGUCACAAGGCGACAUCCCACGCGGAGGCGGGGGAAGAGACUCGCCACGGCCGGGACCGAGUGGAUUAUCGGGGAACGUAUUCAAUUCUUCCGAGACUUCAAGUCCUUCACUACCUACACAAGACACGCCACAAGCGGAGGCGGACCACGAUGAGCGCAGCAUGGCAGGAGAGUCGGCGGAUGCAGACCUUGACGAGCGCGGGAUGCCGGAAGAGCCGCGGUUAAUUGACUCGAGGGAAAAUUUUAUGAGGAGCUUCACCAGACAUCAAUAUGACAUACCUGAUCAUAACGCAUCUCUUUCCGCUUUGAUAUCUAUCUGGGCGAUGCUGGGGGUAAGCGAAGCCGUGCUGACCAUGAGGAUGUCAAUGUGGAGAAAAUGUCAGAACCUGCAAAGAAGAAAUUGAUCUUUAGUGAUGACGACAUGUCGCCACUGCCGGCCAGCCCACCUCCUGACGCUCCAUCAGGACAGGAGUCGCAACAGCAGCAGCCGACAUCGCAGUCGAUUCCGCCACCUCAGGAGUCGCUGAUGCCACCUCCGACCGAAGCACAGCCGCAACGGUCAGAUGAGUCGACAGUAGGCGGCAAAGAGGGUCAGGAGGUGAAGAAGAAGUCGCAGGAAAACAGAAAAAAAAAAAAUAUUCCCCCUAACACGCCAGAGGACGACAGCACACCAAAACUCCCCGUUGCUCCAGCCGCCCCUCGUAAGAAGCUGGUUCCUAGAGUUAUUAAAACUACGCCCGUCAUUGACAGCGAUGACGAUGAUCUCUUCGCCUUCAAUUCGCAAAUGUUUUGAAUGAAAGAGAUGUAUUUGCCCUAAUAAGCAAUGAGCUGUAUUUGUCCUAAUAAAAAUAAAAUGUUCCAUCGACUCUGCAUAACCUUUCUAAUAAUAAUAAUAAUAAUAAUAAUAAUAUUAAUAAUAAUAAUAAUAAUAAUGAUAGUAAUAAGACCGCCAUCCGACAUAAGUAUUACGUCAGCCAUGCCGCUGGUGGUCGGUGAAAGUGGAAGAGGCCGCCGCUCCGCCCUGGCCGUCACAGACGCUUUCUCCAGGUAAAAAGGAUGGACAGGUAACGGGAUCUCGUGCGGCAGUCGCGACGACCUUGACCAUAGGGGAUGUAUUGAGAUGUCGGAGGGAACGCGUGAUGGCAACACUCGGUCAUCCCACCCUCCAGGAUUCCGUGAAUGAAAGGGAAAGGGCGACUUCUAUGGCAGGCGCCGUCAGAGUCCCCCUAAUCACGCGUGUGUGGCGGGCGGCUGCCACGUCUGCCCGCCAGCCCCCCCAUCACCUCUCCUCCCCCCCUCCACCCCCUUUUCACUCAAUUAUUUUCCGCCCACCAUCAUUGAUUCAUUAGUCAUUCCAUCGUCGCCGAAGCAUAAGGACGCACGCCCCCUCACCUCUCCGUCAGUGUCGCCGUCACCGUCCCUCCCCCCUCCCUCCCCCCCCUUGGUGUUUGCCGUCGUGAAUCACCCCCCCCUUCC